UUAACAAUAGGUCUGUGGUAAACUUGGAUAAUCCCACCAAGCUAACAGUAAUCAACUCAGUUAUCAGAAUUGAUAUAGCUCAAUGUUUUUCUGGUGCCACCUGAAUCUGUAUGUGCACUUUUAGAGAGUGAAAACAUGUUUCUGCACACGUUUGAGUCAUGGCAGCUCUAAGAGCCAGAUUUGAGGAUGAGGGCGCAGAUCCAAAAAGUUCCUCAGAUCAUUGAGCUGCUGAAGAAGAAGACUGUGGGGCUGCAGCACUUCAAGCCAACAUCCUCAGUGUGCGUGUGGGAGCAAAAGGAUGCUGUGGAGGCUGCGCCGUGCCCCCACACCGCCUCUAGGGCGCACAGCUUGGACUCGAUGCCGGGUCCCACCAACUGGCCCCUGGUCGGCAGUAUGGUUGAGCUCCUGCGCAAAGGAGGGCUGAGGAGACAACAUGAAGCACUGGUGGAUUAUCACAAGAAGUUUGGGAAGAUUUUCCGGAUGAAGCUGGGAUCUUUUGAGUCUGUGAACAUUGGCGCUCCCUGCUUGCUGGAGGCGCUCUACAGAAAGGAGGGACGUUACCCUCAGAGGCUGGAGAUAAAACCCUGGAAAGCAUACAGAGACCUGAGGAACGAGGCGUAUGGACUCCUCAUUCUAGAGGGGAAAGACUGGCAGAGAGUGAGGAGCGCGUUUCAGCAGAAACUCAUGAAGCCGACUGAGGUGGUGAAACUUGAUGGUAAAAUAAACCAGGUCUUGAAGGACAUGGUGGCCAGAAUCGGAAAAAUAAACGUUAAUGGGAAGAUUGAGGACUUGUACUUCGAACUGAACAAAUGGUCGUUUGAGACCAUCUGUCUCAUCUUGUAUGGCAAGAGAUUUGGUCUGCUGCAGGAGGAGGUCAACGAGGAAGCCAUGAACUUCAUCACAGCUGUGAAAACGAUGAUGAGCACAUUUGGUAUGAUGAUGGUCAUACCAGUGAAGCUGCACAAGGGAUUCAACACCAAAACGUGGAAGGACCACACCGCUGCAUGGGACCGCAUAUUCAGCACAGCCAAAGUCUACAUCGACAAGAAGCUGAAAAGGAAUUCCAGCAGAGAUCCUGAUGAUUUAAUCGGUGACAUCCUGCACCAGAGCUCCCUCUCCAAGAAAGAGUUGUACGCAGCCAUCACCGAGCUGCAGGUCGGAGGAGUUGAAACGACUGCCAACAGCAUGCUGUGGUUUAUUUUCAACCUGUCCCGUAACCCUGGCGCUCAGAAGAAGCUGCUGCAGGAGAUCAGAGAGGUGGUGUCUCCCUGUCAGGACCCUUCUGGGGAGCACAUCAAAAGGAUGCCCUACCUCAAGGCCUGCCUCAAGGAGUCUAUGAGGUUAUCCCCAUCAGUCCCAUUCACCAGCAGGACCAUGGACAAAGACACAGAGUUGGGAGAUUAUACCAUUCCCAAAGGGACAGUGUUAAUGAUCAACAGCCAUGCACUGGGGUCCAACGAGGAAUACUUUGAUGAUGGAAAGCAGUUUAAACCUGAGCGGUGGUUGCGGGGGAGCUGCACCAUCAACCCCUUCUCCCACGUCCCGUUUGGUAUUGGCAAGAGGAUGUGCAUUGGUCGGAGGCUGGCAGAGCUGCAGCUGCAGCUGGCCAUGUGCUGGUUGGUCAGAGACUACGAAAUCGUGGCAACGGAUAAUGAGCCACUUGAUGUGAUUCAUUCAGGACUUUUGGUUCCCAACAGAGAGCUGCCAGUUGCCUUCAUCAAAAGAUGAGGUUUUUAUGUUUAACUCUUCUGGGUGUAGUGACAGAAAGAUGAUACCUCUGUUGCCGUGUUCCUGGUACCAGUGACUCCCUGAAUUGCUGCUCUGUACAUAAAGAGACUGAAAUGAUUAUGAUUGUGCCAUAAAUACCUCAAACGUAUUUAAAACUAAUGUGCAUAGUGUUUCAUGACUGUCCCAAGCCCCAGUUGUUGGGUACAAAGUACCAAGGCAGCUGUUUUAAAUGCAUAUGUGUGUAUAUUUAGCCAUGUAGAUUUAAAUGUUGAUUUCCUUGUAUUAUUCCUAACUUUUGUACAUAUAUUUGAGCCUAGUUUUCAUGUGUGUAAUUUUUAUCUUGUGUAUAUAAAUUAUUAUAACUAUUGUAUCAAUGCACAUUAUUUUAUUCACUUUAAUAAAUUAAUAAAUGUGUCAUAACUGAA